AUGACCGACGCAAUGUUAGCCUCCUCUUCUAGAGAGGCUGGCAAUGGCUCUGAAAUGGACCAAACCAAGAAACUAGAUACCAUCUCAACAACCGCACCGAGUUUGUCCUCGCCGUUUCCCUCUCCAACCGAAGUCAAACGGCCGGCGUCAUUCAAAUUGGCCCCGUCGACGGAUAUGAACGAUGACCACCAGGACCCUCAAAACCUACAGCCGGUCAAGGAAGCCCAUUCUGCUUCUUCAAUCAAGCCGAAUUUACGUUCCUCUUCCACUCAGCGCGGUUCGCCGAAAGAGGGGCUAACCCUGAAUACUCCGACCCCCAACAAGUCCAAUGAGGACAAUUCGUCGUCUGCGGCUCGUCACAAGCAUCAGACUUCCGCUACGGGUUUCUCUCCUCCUUCUCGUGCCCCCAGCGUUCAAUUCCGAGAAACCGAUACUGAAAACGCCGAACUGCCCCAGUCCCGACCACAAUCCCGGCCUACAUCUUUGUAUGGUGACGAUGGAGAGCAGACGGCCAGGGGAAGGUCAUUCAUCACCAAACUAAAGUCAUCCUUUACAUCCCACUCCCGCUCCGCUAGUGGAGGUGCAGUCCCGGAAUUUCGGCCACCCCCUCAGGAGUUGGCGACCCCCGGCUCUGAAAGGGGUGAGUUUCGCUUUCCCGAACCAUUGCCUGAAGAGGGAAGCGACAUCGAGGCGGAUGCGGAGGAGAGUGGCGCGGAGCAGACUGAUCGUCCCAAAAGAAAGAAGGUCUUACGACGCCCCCGAGCAGAGGAAGAGGAUUCAAACAACCGAACGGCGCCUACCACGCCCAAGGCUGGCCGUCGACCCUCUUUCCAUUUUUCCUCAUCUUUUGCACCAUUUGAGAAUUAUCGUCAAAACAUCUUCCCCCGAAGAGCUAGUACAACUGACUUUACUCCACAGCCCCGGGAGGGCGUGUCUGAGGAUGAGGGUCGUGAGAGGCUCAAUAGACGGAAAAGGAGCGCAUGGGCUGGGGCCCGCGGCAUGUCUUACAUUGGUCGACAGCCAGAUGAAAACCCAGAUGACCAGCGGCCAAGUCACCUUAGGCGGCUUACCGGUCUAACGGGUCCCUCGGAUAACGCCGAGAGCCUUACGGCCACUUGGAGACGCCACCGGAACGAACGCGGCACCAGUGCCAGCGCUCAAAGAUGGAAGCAGAUCAAGGCCGGUUUCAAGCUGAUCGGCCAACGGCGCAAGGUUGAUAACACAGUGGACAAUAAGAAAUCAGCAGAGCUGCUUGCUGAGUUAGCCUCGGCCGUGCCAGCUGCCCUGAUCUUGGCCAGUUUUUUCCAACGAGACGAACACGGAAGCAAACGAAUCCCGAUUCUUUUGGAACAACUGAAAGUUCGUGUAACAGAUAGUCGCAUUGAUUCCCACUCUGGCGAUCGCCAUCUGGUUUUCCGCAUCGAGUUGGAGUACGGUAGUGGUAUGACCCGAAUGAAGUGGAUCAUCUUUCGGACCUUGAAAGAUUUUGCCAAUCUACAUUUGAAGUACAAGCUUCAUCUUGGAACUCAGAAGUAUAUUCAACUGCGGACAAGUGAAAAUAGUCCCAGUCUUCCUCGUUUCCCAAGAAGUGCAUUCCCGUAUUUGCGGGGUGUCAGGGGACUAGAAAGUGAGUUCGAGGAUGAAGAUGAAGAAGGGGGCUACGAGACUGGACCAGAGCCAAUGAGUGGGAAUGAGAGGGCAGGGAAAAAGAAAAAGCAGACUCAGCAACAUCAACGCCGCUCGUCUGGUCCUCUUGCCCGUCGAAAGUCAAGUAUUACGAAUCCUCAGGAAGGCGAAUCUGCCGUAGCCCCUUCAUCCACACAUGAAGGAGUCCAGGGUGGCAAAAGGGAAACCUAUCCUGAAAGACAACGCAAGAAACUUGAGAUGUACUUGCAGAAGAUGAUUCGUUUCCUAAUCUUCCGGGCUGAUAGCAAUCGUCUUUGCAAAUUCCUUGAGUUAUCCGCUCUUGGAGUUCGUCUCGCCGCCGAAGGCAGCUACCAUGGCAAAGAGGGCUUCCUAAUUAUUCAAUCAUCAAAGGGCUUGGACUUCCGGAGAGCCUUGAACCCAUCUCUCAUUAAGAAACGACACUGGCCAAAGUGGUUCCUUGUUCGACAUAGCUACGUGGUUUGUGUGGAUUCACCCGAGGAGAUGAACAUUUACGAUGUUUUUCUUGUGGACUCGCAUUUCAAAAUCCAAACCCCAAAGAUCAGCCUCCGCAAUCAAAAAGCGAAGGACCUAGCCAAAUCUGCAAAACAAUCUGCGAGACACCCUCAGCACCAUACGUUAAGACUUGAAAAUUCUGAGCGCAAACUGAAAUUGCUUGCACGGAAUGAACGCCAACUCCAGCAGUUCGAAGACUCCAUUCGAUUCAUGGCUCAAAAUACCCCGUGGAUGCGACCUAAUCGGUUCGACAGCUUUGCUCCAGUGCGGCAAAAGUGCUUUGCGCAGUGGCUCGUCGAUGCCCGGGAUCACAUGUGGGUUGUUUCAAGAGCAAUCAAUCAGGCCAAGGACGUGAUUUAUAUCCAUGACUGGUGGUUGAGUCCAGAGUUGUAUAUGCGACGACCAGCUGCUAUCAGCCAAAAGUGGCGAUUGGAUCGUCUCCUGCAACAAAAGGCCCGUGAGGGUGUCAAGAUCUUUGUCAUUAUGUACCGAAACAUCAACUCCGCCAUUCCAAUUGACUCUGAAUACUCGAAGUUUUCUCUCCUUGAAUUGCAUCCCAAUAUCUUUGUCCAGAGGUCUCCGAACCAAUUUCGCCAGAACACUUUCUUUUGGGCCCAUCAUGAAAAGUUGUGUCUUAUCGAUCACACGCUGGCUUUCGUUGGAGGUAUCGAUCUGUGCUUCGGGCGUUGGGAUACGCCUCAGCACAAAUUGACCGACGACAAGCCUACUGGCUUUGAAACUGCAGACAUGCACAAGGAUGCAGAGAACUGCCAAUUAUGGCCGGGCAAGGAUUAUUCAAACCCACGGAUUCAGGAUUUCUAUGAUCUAGAUAAGCCAUACGAAGAGAUGUAUGAUCGAAAUGUUGUCCCUAGGAUGCCUUGGCAUGAUAUCUCGAUGCACGUGGUUGGCCAGCCCGCUCGUGAUCUCACCCGGCACUUCGUCCAGCGCUGGAAUUAUAUCCUCCGCCAACGGAAACCAACACGUCCCACGCCAUUCCUCCUGCCUCCCCCAGAUUUCAAUCCUGCUGAUUUGGAGGCAUUGGGUCUGGAUGGAACAUGUGAAGUGCAAAUCCUACGGUCCAGCAGCAUGUGGUCCACUGGCACUCCAGAAGUCACCGAGCAUAGCAUCAUGAAUGCCUAUGUCAAGCUGAUCGAGGAAUCCGAGCACUUUGUCUACAUUGAGAAUCAGUUUUUCAUCAGUACCUGUGAAAUUGAUGGCCGGAAGAUUGAGAACCUGAUUGGUGAUGCUUUAGUGGAACGAAUUGUUCGCGCAGCAAAGAACGGGGAAGCAUGGCGCGCUGUGAUCGUCAUUCCAUUGAUGCCAGGUUUUCAAAACACCGUGGAUAGUGAGGGCGGUACUAGUGUGCGUCUGAUCAUGCAAUGUCAAUACCGCAGCAUUUGUCGCGGCGAGACAUCGAUUUUCGGUCGUCUUCGUGCGCUGGGCAUCGAGCCGGAGGAUUUUAUUCAAUUCUUCAGCCUGCGAACCUGGGGCAAAAUUGGUCCACAAAAGCAGGUGGUGACCGAACAGCUUUACAUCCACGCCAAGUGCAUGGUUGUCGAUGAUCGUGCCGCCAUCAUCGGAUCAGCAAACAUCAAUGAACGUUCCAUGUUGGGCUCUCGCGAUUCAGAGGUCGCGUCCGUGGUCCGUGAUACCGAUAUGAUCAUGUCCACUAUGAACGGCAAACCAUAUCUCGUUGGCCGAUUCCCCCACACUCUUCGCAUGCGGUUGAUGCGGGAGCAUCUUGGAAUUGAUGUUGACGAGCUCCUGGAGCAUGAUAUUGCGACUGAGGAGGAGCUGCGCAAGAUUCAAGACGCCGAGGAAAAUAGCAGGCCAGCAGGUGAACGGCAGCAACGCGAUUCAGAAUCAUCAGUUAUGGAGCGACAAGACGAGCGAGAGAUGAUUGAGCGCAGGCAUCGUGUUCAAGAUGAAUUCUUAUCCCGCUCCGAGGACAUGCACAGCUUCAACCACGAUGUCGACUGGGAGCAGGGCAACAACCCAAAUCUCAAGAGCAAUCGGAGGUUGACUGCCGAUCCCCGCGUUACAGAUAACUCCGAACAUCGAAAGGAUGUAGACGGUGAAGGCAUUGAUAAUUUGAAAGCUGCCGAGAAAGAAGGUCGGGUAGUCGGUCGUGACUCGCAAAUGUCUCCUGUUGGCAGAGAGUCUCUUGUGUCUCCGAUUCAUCCCGAGGGCAAAGGUACCAUCAAACAGCCGAAGCAGUCUUCGCCCCAAAAGUCGUCUCGGGCCAAAGCAAUCCGUAAGGAUGUCAAGCUCGAGUCUUCAACAGAGGUCCCUCGUGACUCCGAGGCCAAUACAAACUCAGAUACCCCUUCGCAUGGCCAUGGUGUCUCUGAACCAUCGAGUCGCGACUCAGAAUCCGGUCCUGGUCAUCUGAUUUCCAAAGACAACCAUGAUCAUUCCCGAUACGGCCAUCCCUCCGUUCCAGAUCUAAAGCAUGUCUACAUUGACAAGGACUGUAUGAAAGACCCGGUCAAUGAUGCGUUCUACUUGGACACUUGGCAGGCUGUUGCCGAAAAGAACACAAAGAUUUACCGAUCUGUCUUCAGGUGCAUGCCUGAUAGCGAGGUAAAAAACUGGAAAGAAUACAAGGAAUAUGCAGCUUACGGCGAGCGCUUUGCGGAGAUGCAAAGUCAACCAAGCAAAGCCUCCAACCCACCUGCCCAGCGACAAACCGGCCCCCCUGGGGGUAAUUGCUCGGCUUCCGCACCACUCGGCUCGCCGGUCUCCAUGGUCAGCCCCAAGACUGAAGUGCCUUCCGUUGAGACAAAGACCUCACGAACAAUUGACGAAAAGCUUGGAUUGGCGGGAGACGGUACUGGAAACCAAGGUGAUCGAUCGCAGUCUGAGCAUGCCAGGCAAGAAACCUUAUCCUCCAUUGACGAAAAGUCUUGUCUCAAGACCGCCUCCGAUCCACACUUGUUGAGCACCGCACUAAAUGGGAACGACGGUAACGCCGUUGCUGGAGAGGACGUUGAGAAGCCGCGUUCCAAUUCAGCGCAUGUUGACUACUCUGAGGCAGUGAAUCUCAAUGCCUCUCAAUCACGAAGGCGCAGACGAAGAGCAACGACUAUUGGCUCCAAGCAAUUCCAUGCUACGGAUGACGUGAUGGACAAACAGUGUGCAGAGGAAUUUUUGAACAAGACUCAAGGUCAUCUUAUCCUUUGGCCAUAUGAUUGGCUUGAAAAAGAGGAACAGGGUGGCAAUUGGCUCUACGCCUUGGAUCAAAUCUCACCCUUGGAAAUCUACAAUUGA